AUGGCCGCUGCAAUCGUAAGCAACAAUGGACAGUUCCUGCCUGGACCACGCUACAGCCUGGACAACAUGCCCAAAACGGGCUUCACCUGUCGGGACAAAAUUCUCGGCGGGUACUAUGCGGACUCGGAAACGCAAUGCCAGAUGUUUCACGUUUGCGUGAAGGUGGCCGGUGUCGGUGUACAAGACUUCCGCUUCCUGUGCCCCAAUGGUACGGCUUUCGAUCAGGAAGCUCAGAUCUGUGCCGAUUGGGGCGAUGUCGACUGUGAGGCGGCCACACUGUACUACGGCAGCGACAACUUCGACCUAUACCGGUUGGGUUCCGGAUUCGAGAGUAAGCGGGCCCCGUACGCGGAGGAAGAAGAGGCCACCUUCCAUUUGCAGCGUGCCGAAACGAGCGAUGCUCGAAGAAGCAAGCAGUACAUUGUUAACCAGAGCUCCAAACCACAACAACCACCAAGCCUGAAUCAGAUCCCUAGCGUACAGAAACCAUCCCAUCCACAACAACCUCAGCAAUACUUCCGGCAACCGGUGACGCCCUCGGCAGCCACCACGUCUACCACGACGACGACCACCACCACCACUACUACAACGACUACUCCUGCCCCGCCGGUGGAACACAUCUUCUACAAAACGAGCCAGGCACCAACGAAACUGCACCAGAAGCAUGUGGAACACAAGCAACAUCAGCUUCUGCUGAACCAGCAACAGCUGCUACAGGCUCAGCACUAUCGGCAACUGACGGCGGCAGCAGCAACGGCAACGCCUGCCGAUCGUCGACCAUCGGUGGAUGAAAUUCGCACCACGACGCCUUCGUUCAACAACAACUUUGCUCGAUCACAGCAACCACAGCAGCCGCAGCAGCCGCAGCAGCCCCGACAGCCACCACAGCAACGACAGCCACAGCCGUCGCAACAAUCUCAGCAAUCGCGUCCAACUCAACACAACGACUUCAACACCGACGAGAUCUUCCGUGGUUCGCACAGUUCGCACUUCUACAACAACCGAAACAACGGCAAGGAGGACUACGAAGAAGAACUCUACCGGAAGUCAACGACGACACCACGCUCAACGGCUGCGGCGGGAACGAAUCGAGCCGCCUCACCCCAAGCUGGAACACGUGGACGUAACCGUGGUCGAGGUAGUGUCCGUGCACAUCAUCUGAACGCGCUGCGCAAUGAGCUUAAACCGAGUACGAGUACCACACCGGUUACUGUGACGAAACCUUCAACGCCGCAGCAAGCAAACCCUCAGCAAUACAAUCAUCAGCAACAGUUACAACAGCAGCGUCAGCAGCAGCAGCAGCAACAACAACAACAACAGCCACGUCAACAGAAUACCAAGCUUCAAACGACGACACCCGAUGACUUUGUGGACAUCCCCAAGAUCCCCAACUUCCGGCAGCAGCCAACGACCGUACUGAAGCCGCAACAAUCGUCCGCUCAGGUUCCAUCGUUUGGACAAGCGAUCAUUUCCACACCGGCUCCCUUCGCGAAACAACAGGUCCAGCUUCAAAGCCGAGGAAACACUCAGUUCUACAACACGCAACAGCAGCAGAAACAGCAGCAGAUAGUUACGAGCUCAACCACCCAAGCUGCACCACAGUCAGCUCAGCGUUUCGGUGGCAAUCCACCAGUUGCAAACAAUUUCAAGAUCACCGUCGUCACCACGCCACAAUACGAUCGUAACAACUUCAACCAGCCGCAACAGCAGCAACAGCCGUUUAACUUCAACAGCCAGCCACGUCAGCAGGCAGCACCGAUUGUCAGCACUACGUCCGCUGCUCCUGUAAAUAAUCCGUUCCAGUUCUUUGGUUCCCAGACAAGCACCACCAUUCGUCCGAGAAGCACCUUCGAGAGUCGUGCUACGGAACGUUCGUUUGAUGAGGGUUCUGUCACUACACCUCAAGAAUCCCAGCGCAUCCGUCCGCAGUCGCGUACCUUCAACGUUGACCCAAACCGUCUGAACCAAUUCAACUAUAACGAGUAUCAGGGCAGUCGCACCACCACAACCACAACGACCACACCUCUCUCGACCACCUCAUCCACGACUCCGGUUCCACCGACGACGUUCGCUCCAGCCCAACAAAGCUUCCGUCAGCGAGCACCACAGCAAAAUUCCUUCUUCAAUCCGCUCUUCAACAACCCAGUAACUCAGGGUCCACCUUCCAUCACGACCAUCCCGCCGUCCGUCGUGCAGAAAGCCGUCCCGAAAGAACGCUACCAAUCCGUUUCACGCACCGGCAAUGAAGGACACACGCCCUCAACGGUGAAAAAGUUCUCGACGCUCGUGCCCAAGGAUCAGUACAAUCCGACCACCUUCAAACCGAACGCCAUCAGCAAGAAGGCACUGCUCCAGUUCGUCAACCAGAAGAGUGUCAUCGGGCUGGAGAAGUCACCGUUCAUCGAUCGCGUGAGCAUCACUACCACCAGCACUACCGAGAAGGCACCGGCACCGGCCACGACCCGCUAUCCUGGAUACAUUCCAACCGUUCCGCCCGUAACAUCCACCUCUACCACGACGACCAGCACCACCACUACCACAACACGCGCUCCCUUCACUACCACGACGCGCGCUCCCUUCACAACCACGACUUCCACCACCAACACACCUCCUCCACCGAAUCGCUUCUUCCAGCCACCAGUUCCCAAAUCGAACCUGCUCACACAGUCCCCGAUUGUGGUUACCUCCGCCAAACCGAACCCGACCGAAAUUGACGAAGACGAUGGUCAGUAUCAUCCGGAGCUGUACGAGAAAGACUUCUACCGUAAUCGCGUCAAGGCAAAGGCUGCAGCGGCGGCCGCUCUUGCCCAAGCCCGCAACACCAACGGACUAGCCUCACUGUCCACGAGCGAUGAGGAGGAAAUCUUCCGUACUGCGCACUCCCAGAACAUUGCCGCCAGUGGAAAUGAUCUGAUACUGGAGCGUGCACGCCAAGCGGCCGCCCGCAUCAAUGAGUUCUUUUCGUCCUCCUCGGUAAAGCCUACGACAACGGCGGCACGCAAAGAACCGAAAGACGGCCAGCUGGAACCGGUCACACCGAAGGCCUCGGCAAAGCAUCACAAGGACACGAGCCGAACAAAGUCAUCGCACGGGACGAAGGGUGGCAGCAGUAAUGCAACGCCACGUCCCUUCUCCAAGGCUCCAACGAUUCCACCGAACGCGACCAUCACCAAGCGGCCACCGGAAGAUGAUAGCUAUGAUUACGCGUACUACGACACUGGCAGUCCCGAUGUGCCCGAGUACGACAUCAUCGAGGACUUUGGUCGGAAGCGGGUCUAGGGUGGC